AUGAACGACUUCUCUGCCACCCUUUCGGGGAAGCCUAAGCUCCAGCUUCUAUGGCCCGAGCAUGUCAACCUACCAUUUCUCAACACCGCUCCUCAAAGAUAUCGAAUUGGCCGACGACGUACCAAGUCGAAAUCGCGACCUGGCAAUGAAGAACUCACAAGUCUUAAGACCUCUUUCAAUGCUUGGGAUGGCGUUCGUGAUCUUCAGAAGCAUCACUGGAGGACCUCAGAUCUUCAGUAUGCUGUAGUUGGACUUCUUGUUCUCUUCUCAUUCUGGAUCGCUCCCCCUGCUCCUGGAGUCAAGCUUCUUGCCAUCAUGGGUAGCGUUUGGGUUCUUCUCAUGCCCGCUACUCGCCAAUUCUUCUUGCCAUCGGUCACAAUUUGGACAUGGCUUUUGUAUUUCUUUUGUAGUCGAUUUAUUCCUAAUGAGUACCGACCUCACAUCUGGGUUCGCGUGCUGCCCGCUCUCGAGAACGUCUUGUAUGGUGCCAAUCUGUCGAGCAUUCUCUCCGCCCACCAACAUUCAGUUCUCGACAUUCUCGCCUGGAUCCCUUACGGCCUAUGCCACUUUGGCGCCCCUGUUGUCUGCGCCCUGCUCAUGUUUGUAUUCGCCCCCCCUGGUACAACCCCGGUAUGGGGACGCACCUUUGGUUGGAUGAGCAUUCUCGGUGUCACCAUCCAGCUUCUCUUCCCCUGCGCUCCCCCUUGGUAUGAGAUGGAGCACGGCCUCGAACCCGCUGCGUACGGCAUGCCUGGAUCACCCGCUGGACUGGCUCGCAUCGAUGAAAUUUUCGGCAUCGACCUCUACACUACCAACUUCAGCACAGCGCCUGUCCCCUUUGGUGCCUUCCCCUCGCUCCAUGCUGCGAACGCCGUCCUCGAGGCUCUCUUCAUGUCUCACUGCUUCCCCCAGUUCCGCACUUACUUCAUCAUGUAUGCUGGUUGGGUUUGCUGGGCUACCAUGUACCUCAGCCACCACUACGCAAUUGACCUGGUUGUCGGUGGCUUGAUUGCCUCUUGCUUCUUCUACGCCGCCAAAGCACGAUGGCUACCACGCCGCCAAGAGGGCAAGAUUACCCGCUGGGAGUACGAAUAUGUGGAAUAUGGUGACCAAACUACCAUUACCGACGAGGAGUACGGCGAGUACUUUGGCAUGGGUCUAUUGGGACGCCCUCGCGCCGAUUCUAGCGACGGUUGGACUGUUGCAAGCUCCAGCUCUAGCUGCGGCUCAAGUAGUGGAACUCUCAGCCCAACCUUGUCCGAAGAGGCACUCCCUGGCAUGCUUGAUGACGACCAGCUUUGGAACACCCAUUCUCCUGCUCGAGACGUUGAGUUGAGUGAAGUUGUUGUUGCGGCGAGGUAA